AAAAUUUAUUUAGAAGAAAAGAGAGAAACAGAGAGACCAAAAACAAAUCCCGCACACACCACAUGGAGGAAGAGCUGCCUGCUCCGUUACGCCCUCCCUCUUCACAUAUUCAUUGCGAUUAGGGUUUUUCAUUUCCUUUAUAUACACCAAUGAAAUCUAUACUCCUUUUAUGCUAAACUUCACCUUUAUUUCUCUCCCUUUUCAUUAACUUACUUGCCCGUUUUAAUUUGGGCACUUAAUUAGGUAAUACUGUAGUGAAAUUCAGCAGUUUUUGGAUCCGCCUUUUUUUUAUAUCUCUCUAAUUGACCAACAGAGAUGGAAGACAGUGUGUUGAGUCAGUGGAAUAUGUUUAGAUCCAUACUUGCUAUUCUUCAAUGGUGGAGUUUCAAUGUCACUGUUAUUAUCAUGAACAAAUGGAUCUUCCAGAAAUUGGAUUUCAAAUUCCCACUCUCAGUAUCUUGUAUUCACUUCAUAUGCUCAUCGAUUGGAGCAUAUAUUGCAAUCAAGGUGCUGAAAGUCAAACCGUUGAUAGUGGUUGAUCCUGAAGAUCGCUGGCGAAGGAUAUUUCCCAUGUCAUUUGUGUUUUGCGUCAACAUAGUUUUGGGUAAUGUGAGCUUGCGCUACAUUCCUGUUUCUUUCAUGCAAACAAUCAAGUCUUUUACUCCUGCAACCACCGUUGUUUUGCAAUGGUUAAUUUGGAGAAAAUACUUUGAUUGGAGAAUUUGGGCUGCUUUGGUUCCUAUUGUUGGAGGAAUACUCUUAACUUCUGUUACUGAGCUUAGCUUUAAUAUGUUUGGUUUUUGUGCUGCUUUAUUUGGAUGUUUGGCUACUUCGACAAAGACCAUCCUUGCAGAGUCUCUGUUGCAUGGAUACAAAUUUGACAGCAUAAACACUGUGUACUACAUGGCACCAUUCGCGACCAUGAUCUUGGCUGUACCAGCAAUGGUACUUGAAGGUAGUGGAGUUGUAGAUUGGUUUUACACCCAUGAGUCUGUUGGAUCUUCUCUUGUAAUCAUUCUUACCUCUGGGGUGUUGGCCUUCUGUCUGAACUUCUCAAUCUUUUACGUGAUUCAUUCGACAACUGCAGUCACAUUCAAUGUUGCUGGCAACCUUAAGGUCGCUGUUGCUGUGUUGGUUUCAUGGCUGAUAUUCCGGAAUCCAAUUCCAGCUCUGAAUGCUGUCGGAUGUGGCAUCACACUCUUGGGAUGUACAUUCUAUGGGUAUGUUAGGCACAUGCUCUCCCAACAGCAACCACCACCUGGAACUCCUCGAACACCCCGGACUCCUAGGAACCGGAUGGAAUUGCUUCCCCUUGUAAAUGAUAAAUUAGAUGAUAAGGUCUGAUAAAGCGAUAAUACAUGAGGUUUGUAGCAGAGUUGGCAUAGGGGAGUUAUUACAAAUAUCAAAAGUGGGAGAAAUUGAAAAAAGAAGAAACAUAACACUUUUUGUUGUGUGCACUUCCAUUAGAUCAGCUCAUAGUUUUAAAAUUUAUGUUUCUUCUCUUGCUUAGAAAUAGAAAAACAUUUUGCAAC